AUGAAAAAUAGCCAAUUCGACUCACUAACAUCCAUCCUUCAUCUUCCCGAUGAUUGCUUGCAUUUUAUAUUUCAAAGGCUCGACUCGAGUUCUGAUCGUGAGUCGUUCGGACUGACUUGCCACCGGUGGCUUCAUAUUCAAAACUCGAGUCGCCGGUCUCUGCAGUUAUGUUGCUCACUCUCCCAUUUUACCCCCAUCUCACUCUCUCAGUCUUCGACCAAAAUAAACUCCUUUCAUCUGUACAAAUUGCUCAACCGCUUCACGCAGCUCGAGUCAUUAUCCCUAUCCGGGUGCACCGAGCUCUCUGAUUCGGGUUUUUCGGAGUUAGCCCAUGUCUGGCCAAAACUUCUGCGAAGCUUGAAUCUCGAUUGUUGUUUUAACAUCAGGGAUCACGGGCUUUCGUACAUGGCUAGUGACUGCCCUGGAUUAGUUAUCAUUAGCCUGUACCGAUGUAAUAUCACUAAUGCUGGGCUACAAACCCUAUCGAGAUCUUGCUUGGCUCUAAAAGAUGUGAAUCUCUCGUAUUGUGGGUUUAUUUCCGAUCCCGGAAUAAGAUCACUUUCUCAAAACUGCCGUCAUUUACGAGCCAUCAGCAUAUCUCACUGUAGGAACGUAAAAGGCACGGGUCUUCAAGGCUGUCCAAACUCUCUCGAGUAUUUGGAGGCCGAUUCGUGCAGCAGGCUCAGCCCGGGAGGAAUAUCAGCUGCCAUUAGCGGAGGUGGGCUCAAAUAUCUCAACCUAUCCAACCUUUUCUGGUUCGGGAGUGCGUUCGGUAUGCCAGGUGGCGACACUCGGUGCAUCUCGAACUUGAGAGUUGUGAAUUUUCGGCUGUGCAGAACUAUUGGGGAUGAUAUCAUAGCAAGAAUCGCUGAGGGUUGCCCGUUACUUGAGGAGUGGAACUUGGCAUUGUGUCACGGAGUUAAAGUUUCAGGUUGGGAGUCGAUCGGUGCCAGCUGUCGUAAACUGGAGAGACUUCACGUGAAUCGAUGCCAGAAUUUGUGUGAUCGAGGGCAUCAGGCACUGAGGAAUGGGUGCCCGGGACUUCGAAAGCUUUAUUUGGGCUCGUGCCGGCAGCUUAGUUUGAGAGCCGUCGUGAUGUUCAAGUGUUUGAGAGGUGAUGUGGAUAUAAUAGACGAUGAGAUAAUGUGCAUUGCGCCCGACUGGGCGUUUCGGUUAUAG